GUGUCUGAACUACCGAUGGGUCCAUUCAUUCUGGGUGCGCACGAGGUUCUGGUGCAGACAGAAUCUGUCAAUGAAGGGUUCACUCUCUGUAAUCUAGCAAAUCCUUAGGAGAAAAUGACUGUGUUCUUUAAAACACUUCGAAAUCAUUGGAAGAAAACUACCGCUGGGCUCUGUCUGCUGACAUGGGGAGGCCAUUGGCUCUAUGGAAAACACUGUGAUAACCUGCUAAGGAGAGCAGCCUGUCAAGAAGCUCAGGUGUUCGGCAAUCAGCUGAUUCCUCCCAAUGCUCAAGUGAAGAAGGCAACUGUCUUUCUCAAUCCUGCAGCUUGCAAAGGCAAAGCCAGGACUCUGUUUGAAAAAAAUGCUGCCCCAAUUUUACACUUAUCUGGCAUGGAUGUGACUAUCGUUAAGACAGAUUAUGAGGGACAAGCCAAGAAACUCCUGGAAUUGAUGGAGAGCACAGAUGUGAUCAUUGUUGCUGGAGGAGAUGGGACACUGCAGGAGGUUGUUACUGGACUUCUUCGAAGAACAGAUGAGGCUACCUUCAGUAAGAUUCCCAUUGGAUUUAUCCCACUGGGACAGACCAGUAGUUUGAGUCAUGCCCUCUUUGCUGAAAGUGGAAACAAAGUCCAACAUAUUACAGAUGCUGCACUUGCCAUUGUGAAAGGAGAGACAAUUCCACUCGAUGUCUUACAAAUCAAGGGUGAAAAGGAACAACCUGUCUUUGCCAUGACUGGCCUGCGAUGGGGCUCCUUCAGAGAUGCCGGCGUUGAAGUUAGCAAGUAUUGGUAUCUUGGGCCUCUGAAAACCAAGGCAGCCCACUUUUUCAGCACUCUUAAGGAGUGGCCUCAGACUCAUCAAGCCUCUAUCUCCUAUGCGGGACCUACAGAGAAACCUCCCAGUGAGCCAGAAGAGACCCUUCCCCGGCCUUCUUUGUACAGGAGAAUAUUACGAAGACUUGCGUCAUACUGGGCACAGCCGCAGGAUGCCGUCUCCCGAGAGGCAAGCCCACAGGUGUGGAAAGAAGUGGAGCUGUCCACUAUCGAACUGUCCAUCACCACUCGGAACAGCCAGCUUGACCUGACAAGCAAAGAAGACUUUAUGAACAUCUGUAUUGAACCUGACACUGUCAGCAAAGGAGACUUCAUAACUAUAGGCAGUAAAAAGGUGAGAGACCCCAAGCUGCGUGCUGACGGCACCGAGUGUCUCCAGGCCAGCUGGUGCGUGCUGCGUCUGCCCGAGGGAACAGGGGGCUCUUUUGGCAUUGACAGUGAGGAGUAUGAGGCGAUGCCCGUGGAGGUGAAACUGCUCCCCAGGAAACUGCAGUUCUUCUGUGAUCCCAGGAAGAGAGAGCAGCUGCUGCAGAGCACAGCUCAGUGAGCGGGCUGAAGAUGGGUGCUCCGAGACCACACUUUAGGCCACCAGUAGGACCAAAAGGGAACAGAGGCCUCAGCUGCCCGCCAGUGUUGAUGGAGGACCCCAGGGCAUUUUCAUGGCAGGUACCCUCUGCUCUCAGUGUACCCUCAGUGCUUCCCAGAGUGUACUCUGCCAACUACUGUGCAGCCAGCUUUCCCUGAGUGCAUGCUUUUAUUUUGGCGUGGCAGUUAAUUCCUCCUAUUGUUUUUCCUCAGCUUGUUCAAGGAAGUUCUCACAUUUGAUGGGAAAGGGCUAGAACUUUCUCUCUCAAAAGUUGAAACCCCAGUGGAGAGCAGGAUCUAUAGACUAAACUCCUCCAUUCCUUUCAUGUCUUUACCCGUACUAUGAAUUCCAGGGGAAGAGUUUGCCUUCCCUAGCUACCUGCUCCUGUUUCUAAACUUAUCCAUGAGUUGCCCAACUCAACCAUGUGAGUUUCAGUUCUGCCCUCCAAUAAAAAACAUGAGGGAUUUCCCUCUUCUGCUAUGGCUAACAUACUGUAAAAA